CUGCGCGGCAAGGGCAAUCUCCCAGAAUCGCGCGUUGCUCCACCGCUUUCCAAGCGCGGCAACUUCGACCCAUUAUUCUGACCUUUUGCGACUUGAUCUCGCAGCUCUGCCUGGCGCUCAUUCGCAAUGACAUCGCGCGACCCCAGCUCCUCCCCGGACAUUUUGGGGCCUCCAGGAGAUGCCGCCUAUCUGAUCUCCUCUCCGAUGAAACCGUUUGCUGGGCGACAGAGCUGGCUGUCACCCGCUGUAUUCAAAACACCGCGCAAGAGGCCGCGCACUAGCCUCAGUCCCAGCAAAGCUUCACAUUCCAUCCAGUUCGACGACAUCAUCUUGCCAGGAUCGCCUACAAUGAACAUUGAUGGCCGUCAGCGGUCCAUUUCGCCCAGCAAGUUACAGUCCGAAGGCAACCUAAGUCCGUGGAGGAUCCGGGUCACCGUUCAGGCAGAACAAGAAGACCAGAUGAACAACGGGGGUUCUCCGCGCAGGAGGUUGUUGACUCCGGGGGCGAAGACGAUGAAGGUGCCGCUGAAGGACGAUUCUGGGAUCUGGGAGCCUUCCCCCAAGAGAAGAAGAGGCCGGCCGCGCAAGUCUGAUAUCCAGGAUGGGUUGGUGACUCCCAGAAAAGGCACUCCUGCGCCGGUCAAGGGGAGUCCUGGCUACACACCAGGACCGGCCACGACGGGAAAUACGGAAAAGAGAAAAAGGGGUCGACCAAGGAAGAGUCUCCCGGACCAGAGUGUGGUGGAAAGUGUCGAGACAGAUCGCUUUCAGACGGUAACAGAAAAUAGUCAGACACCACCGCCGGAGAAUCCUCUCGAUCUUGCUGCCGACGGUAUUUCUGACGAUGACGAUGGUUAUGAUGAUAUAUGGAACCCAAGCGGACUGGGCCAUUCCGAAGAACCUGACCCUUCGAAUUUCGGCCACUCCCCAACAUCCCCAGAAAGGCAACCAUACAGUUCACCAGAUCGUGAUCCCACAGAAACGACGCAAACUACAAAUAUUCCGACAGCGUCAAGCCCCGCCAAAGAACACACGUCUCCCUGGCGAGAUCAUCCCGAUGCAGCCUCCCCGAACCAUACGCAACAUGCAGGACAUACCCCAAGACCGCAUCGCAUAUAUCCCACACCUACCUCUUCAUCCGUAGUUGAAGAGGAGAGUUCGACGACACAAAAAAGAAGUCCACCAAAAGAAAUUCGCCACGAGGAACCAGCCGAGAAUUUACCGGACCCGACGGACGAGCAUAGAGAAUUCGAUACCAUCAUAGAAAGUGAGGGGUUCAGCAUGGUCUCACUAGACACUUUGCCUUCAGCAAAGCAACUCGCGUUGAAUUCCAGUACGAAUGUACCGAAAGGGGCGCUAAAACCCUUCUUCAACCGACAAAGCGGGAAUGGUUCAGAAAAGAAACCAAGAGUCUCAUUUGACUCUCACGCUGCCGUCCUCGAGGUCGAUUCCUCCAGCUCUCACCGAAACCAGUCAACACCAGAACGAGUUCCAGUCAAGGAUAUGUCGCCGCCCACGUCCUCGAAUGGCAGCAAUCAUCAGACUACCGCCGUCGAACAAACGCCCGCGGUUCAAGAUUCAACUUCAAAGCUUCCUACUCCUGCUCCAGCUGGCCGCUCAGCUGAGGAGGAACUUGCCAAGACGAGGAGAGAAGCAGAAGUGAGACGGGAGAACGAGGAUGAGCUCCGUAGGUUGGAAUUGGAAGAAGAAGACGACGAAGGAGUAGAUAUGGUGAUGACCGAAACCAGGCCGGAGAGCUCACCGGCACGGACGCCAUACUCGAUGCGCGAGGACGCUUCCAAUGCUGAACAGACAGCCUCAGUGGCCUUGUCACAACGCCAGGCGGAGUGGCAGCGCGAAAGAGAGGCGGUCAGCCGAGAGAUUCAGUCGGCAAAUGCAAAUCGAAUAAUCGUAAUCGAGGAUGAUACGGACGCUCAGCAACUGUCCGAAAAUGACGACGAACAGCAGUCAGAGGAGGAUGCCUCGGAAGGAGAUUACGACAUAUGGCAAGAGGAAGCCAACCUCUCUCAUUCCCACCUUUCUUCUCGCUCUAACUCACGGGAAAACGGAUCAUCCCACCCACGUCAGAGAGAUUCUAGUCCUUGGAAGGGAGAUGAAGUCGUUGACCAAGGCGAUAGCGUCGACAUUCCCCCGGCUCCUUGGGAAAGACAGCAAGGCGACAUGCCCUAUUUGGGUAAAUCACGGUUGGGUCGACUGAGAGAAGAGGAGGUUGAUCUGUCCGUCCUUCUCCAGAAAAGAAACAGCCCGAACACGCGGAAAUACUACGGCUAUAGCAGUCCUCAAACCAACGCGAGUCAGCACGUACCGUCUUCUGCCGCUCGCACUUCCGCUACAUCAAAGUCGCGCUUAGCGACAAGCAGUCCGCGUGCCGAUCCGAGUUCUCCUGUACGGUCAAGGGUCAGCAAAAGUUCCCCGCAAGUCUUUGAUGGUCCGCGGUCUGGACAAGAAAUCCAGCCAGAGAAUAGUCCAGCCCGAAGUCUUAGCCAGUCCAAUCAUGACUCUAUUCCGCAGUGGAAUGAAGAUCAUGAUACUGAUGGAGACCAUAUUAUGGACCAUGAUCUGGAAAGUGAGCAAGGACAACAGGAGAUGGUAAUCCCUGGUGGACAUACAGACGCAAUGCACCAGUCUCCCUCGAUUCAUGAACGUUCGGCCCUAACCCCGCCUCCCGAGCAACAAGAAAAUACUGCGGCUGCAUCAAGGUCAUGGUUCCGAAGACUGUCGACUUUCACUCCAGGCUGGUGGGGAUCGGCAAGCCCUGGAAAGGAGCAGGUAUCCCGAGCAGGAAUAGAAGAGAGGGAAAGGGAGCAGGAAGAGGCAGAAGAAGAGGAAGGGCGAGGAGAUGAGGAGAACUGGGACGAUGUCCCUAAUCAAUUGCCCCAGUCUCAAGACGCUCCGGUUCGCGGAGAAGUCGAAUAUCCCAGCCUGCCUCAAUCUCCUGGCGUGCAGUCAGCAAGAACGGAACGCACAUACAGGCAGUCACUACAGCGGAAACCGUUGUCUGUAUCUGGAUAUUUCACCAACGACCACUAUAGGGCCCUGUACCGCCUUUACCGUCUGGCUAAGCGGUCGCCUGAGCUGUUCCCAUAUUAUCCUAACGAGGAGAGAACUGAAAUCAUUGGCGACUGGCUCUGGACCGCGGAUGGUGAUUACGGGCUUCCAGUGACGGAGCUGCAGUUUGCUAUCAUCGAUAAGUUUGUCGAUGAGCUUGCUGAAGCAGACAUCCGGAACGGUGGCUCAGGUGAGAUCGGCUGGUCCGAGGAGGAGCUCCACAAGAGGCUGUUCAGCAUUAUCGUUGGCGAACAGAUCAGAAAGGAUCGCAAGGCCGUGGCACAAGAGGCGGCUGCAGCUUAUACUCAAGCGUCAUCGCGGCCAAGGUACCGGUCAUGAGCUUCAUUUCUCGUAUAUCGUAGCACUUCUUUUCUGGAUUACGGUCGACAGUGUUGUGAAAAUGCAGUCGUGAUACACAUUUUGGACCUUAUUGACACCACUUCGAUACGGUUUUUGUUUCUACCUUUUCUCCGUUUCUGUGGUGGAUGCUUGUCUUACGGAUAUUCGGUGUUUUGGUAA